GACAUUUACCACAAACCUCCUUUACUUUGUGCAAAAACUUGAUUAUGAAAUCGGUACCAAAAAAUUAAAGUUCGUAGCAAUAAAAUGCUUCGCAGAUUUGCGAAAUACACAAUCCCCAGUGCGGGUUUCGUUUCGGCCGGUUUGUUUACAUUCAGUCCUAACGACCAUGAUAGCGUCGAGCAUGUGCCGAUGCAGAAAAUGCUUGCCGAUGCACCGGGUGAUCAACAAACCGGAAAAGACCGACUGUAUCUCAUGUUCACUAUCGACGAGUUUGGUCGGAUAUCCAACGAAUUGAAUUCCAUUUACCAGGCCGGAUUUUUGGGCUUCUUCGUGGGGGCCUGCUACGGAGGAUUCAUUCACUCUCGUGUUGGGUACUUGGAUUUCAUGGAAAAGAACCAAGCCACGGCGUUUAAGACGAGUUUUGACGCUAAGCGUAAACUACAAGAUCAGGUAACGGUCACCUUUGCGAGAGGAGCGUUUAAAUGGGGCUGGCGGUUAGCAUUGUUCACUUCUAGCUACAUAGGAAUACAAACCAUAAUAUCCGUUUAUCGGGGAAAAUCGUCCAUCUACGAGUACCUGGCGGCGGGAGGAAUCACCGGUGCGCUCUACAAGUUCAGCAUGGGCCCUAAGGGAAUGUUCAGCGGUGGUCUGGUGGGUAUGACCUUUGGUGGCAUCGCCGGAUUAGCGUCGUUGGCUAUACUCAAAUCCACUGGCACGACCAUGGAGGAAGUGCGCUUCUGGCAGUACAAGUGGAGAGCGAGUCGGGACGAUGCCAUACACGAAAGUAUACGGAAGCAUAGUCCGGACGAAGCGGAACCUCUGCUGGAGCUUCAUGAAGAGAAGGUCGGUAAGACAAAUUUGACGCUGAAUAGCAUUACGGUUGCAGAAGCGAAGGAGAGCAAGACUGCUAACGAGACUCCAGCAGCAAAAACAGAGGAAGUUGGGAAAAAGUGAAAAAUUAACAAAGGUAGUACAAAACAA